CCUCGCAGCUCGGGCGCGGGGCGCUGGCGCGGGGCCGCCAUGGACCUGCAGAUCCUUGAGCACCGCGUGCGGGUGCUGAGCGUGGCCCGCCGCGGGCUCUGGCUCUACACGCACCCGCUGCUCAAGCUGCUCUUCCUGCCGCAGCGCAGCAGGUGCAAGUUCUUUAGCUUGACCGAGACUCCUGAGGACUACACCAUCAUGCUAGAUGAAGAAGGCUUUAAAGAGCUGCCUCCAUCUGAGUUCAUGCAGGUGGUGGAUUCCACCUGGCUGGUGCUCAACGUCUUAUCCAAUGGCAGAUCGUCUACCAGCUUCCAGGCUGCAGGAGUGACAAAGAUUGCCAAGUCAGUUAUUGCACCGCUGGCAGAGCACAAUGUCUCAGUGCUGAUGCUGUCUACCUACCAGACAGACUUCAUCUUGGUACGGGAAAAAGACCUGCCAGUAGUGAUCCAUACACUGGCAGGAGAAUUUGAUAUUUACAAGGAAGUGAAUGGAGAGUCUGUUCCUGUUAACUGUGAUGAUGUGAGCAAUGGCUUCUUGAAGCCCAAGCCUGCUGCAAACCCCACCGUGCACCCUGUGCAGAGUCCUCAAAACAAGUUCUGCAUCCUGACUGUGGCUCCUGACACCCUGCCAGCUAUUGCAACCACACUUAUGGAUGUCCUGUUCUACUCGCACAGCCCUCCAAAGGAAGCUGCCCCAGGCAGCCAGGAUUUCGACUCCAUUGCAUUCUUUGCCUUCUCGCUGAUUGAGGGCUACAUCUCUAUUGUUAUGGAUGCAGAAACACAGAAGAAGUUCCCCAGAAACCUGCUGCUGACCAGCUCCACAGGCGAGCUCUGGAGGAUGGUGAGAAUUGGUGGGCAGCCUCUGGGUUUUGAAGAGUGUGGGAUCGUAGCUCAGAUUGCUGAGCCCCUGGCUGAUGCAGACAUAUCGGCCUAUUACAUCAGUACCUUUAACUUUGACCAUGCUUUGGUCCCAGAGGAAGGCAUCUGCAGCGUCAUUGAAGUGCUCCAGAAACGCCAGGAGAGUGGCAGAUAACUGGCAUGGUGUCUCCUCUGUGCUCUAACACCCAUCUGGAAAGAUGAGGGUGUAGUUCACUGCCUGACACAACGCAGUGGGAUUGUCGAGUGUUCAUGGGACUGGAGAGAGAACACUCCACUCCUGUUUCACAGACGGCUGGCCUGGGCCUCUUGUUAAUCUUCCAGGCUUCUGGAGAGUGGUUUGAACUGCUGCACGUGGGGUCAGAGGGACAUGUGGGUCAGAGGGACAUGUGUCUUCAGGUGGAUUCCAAGAGGAGAGUUUUCUUGUCACUCUGCAAGAGUGUGAGCUCUCAAUUCUUCCCAGAGCAUCCCAUGAGCUAACUCCAGUUGUUUCCUCUUGCAGGCUCAGUAUUGCCUAAUUCAGCACCCUUUCUAUCCCCACUGUCCCCACAUCCUGUCUUGAACCAGGGAGCACAGUACAUGAUGCACUAGGAACUGGUACUAGGGAGAGAUGUUUUGCACACCCCUUGAUGAGUUCUCUCAGCUCAGUUCAAUUGGGCACUCUUUUUUCUUUAACUACUUUUGUAGCUAACUUCACAGUUGCUUUGAGCUUCCUAUAUUUAAUUUCUCCAGAUUUUUGUGAUGCCAGGUUCAGGCAUCUGCUUUUCCUAAGCUGGGUCUACUUUUCCUAGACUUUAUCUAGUGGGCAUCUCAAAGUGGAUAUGGCCAAAGACGCAUGUUCUUUUUGUGAGUAGGAGGCCGUGGCUGAUUUGCACGAGGAGACAUGUUGGCCGUUGGGUUGCUGUGGAAAAGGAUGCUUGUGGUGGUCUCUCUCUACGUGGUCGAGGGUGUGGAGAGAAAUGGGUUGCUCUGGGUCAUGUAGCGUUAAUGACCCUGAUGUUGAGAGCCUGGGAUAGACAUGCUGCUUCCAAUAUAGAAACCCAUGUGCAAAUUAAGCUAAGGGGAUGAAGGUCCCUAAAUUGACCUUUUACUGUAGAAGUGCCCUCCCAGGCAAGGAGGGCCAGAAAGCUUGUUAGGACAGCUUCUUCCCCUUGUGGGCUAAGCUCCUCCAUGGCCUUAAAGCCAUUCUAGGGCUGGCUAGCUGCAAUUAAUGUUACACUUUUU